AUGAAUAAUUUCACUAAUCCUACUUCUCUUGUUCCUUUACAUCAACAGCAACAAGUCGAAGUACAGCUCGCCUAUUUCCCACAAAUUCCUAUUCAACAUCAAUUUCAACCCCUAAACAUAUUUAAUCCAACAGCUUAUCCUUCGCCACCUUUGGAUUCUUCUAUCAGUCUUUCUCCUUCUAGAAUGGCUUCUAACGAUUCUGGUGACCAUCAUAAUCGAUCAAUUCUUUCUGAUAAUUCUCAACCUGGUUCGUCUACAUCAGAAAUUUCUGGGGCAACUUCUUUUUCUUUUGGUUCGUAUUCAACAAAUCCGGUGAAUGCUUACCAUGACCGUAUGUUGAAUCCUACAUUUUUCACAGACCCAUCGAUGAAGUUACCAUCCGGAUCUAAUACGACACAACCAAUUGACUACUAUAGUCAACCUCCUGCGAAUUAUAGUCAUGGUGGAAUGCCACAUCCAAGUUUUGGUAACACAAUGCCACCUACUCCCCAUGACUACCAAACAUCUAUGGCUCCCAUGCAAAACCAAAAUGGAAACGUUACACGCACUACGCCACCUCAAUUCCAUCAAAACCCAAAUCGUCCUCCACCAGUAGCUCCUCAAACAAUGAUGACCACUUUCAGUUCAAAGACGGUUUCCUCUACUCCGAAAAGAUACAAGUGUAAUAUUUGUCAAAAGAGAUUCACUCGUCCAAGUUCCUUACAAACUCAUACUUAUAGUCAUACGGGUGAAAAACCUUUUAAAUGCCCGGUUGAGGGAUGUGGUCGCCACUUCUCGGUUGUCAGUAACCUUCGCCGUCAUCAAAAAAUUCAUUCGAAAUGA